AUGGAUAAGUAUCAAGACCUGGAAAUAGAAAUAAGAAGGAUAUGGGAUAUGCCAGUGGAAAUUGUACUCAUAAUCAAGGCUGCUCGUAAGUCUGCUCCUGCUACAGGAGGAGUGAAGAAGCCUCACCGUUACAGGCCCGGUACCGUGGCCCUUCGUGAGAUCCGUCGCUACCAGAAGAGCACAGAGCUGCUCAUCAGAAAGCUGCCCUUCCAGCGCCUGGUUCGAGAGAUUCCCCAGGACUUCAAGACCGACCUCCGUUUCCAGUCUUCCGCCGUCAUGGCGCUGCAGGAGGCAUCUGAGGCCUACCUCGUCGGUCUCUUCGAAGACACCAACUUGUGCGCCAUCCACGCCAAGAGGGUCACCAUCAUGCCCAAGGACAUCCAGCUUGCCCGCCGCAUUCGUGGAGAGCGAGCCUAA